GAGGCCCUGUGCUGCUGCCUGGUGGAGGGGGUGAAUAACACACCUGAUAACAAGGGGGAACAGGCUUAGACAGGGCAGCCACAGCAUGUGAUUGUUGUACUACAACUCCCAGAUGCACACAGGCAUGUCUUGCCUGAGCCACCGUGUGCCUCAUACCUCAUCCUGCCACAGGCUGUUACAGAGUACAGACCACAUAACGCCUGGCCAGUAACUAGCUCUGGUUAUAGUUAAAAUCUCGGCCGCCAAUGUGGGAGAGCGAUCCCUGUGUCGGCAUCGCUACAGCCUAGUACAGGUGUGCUGCAUGUCGCUUCCCGGACGGCUCCUCUGCGCAUGCUUGAGAAUUUGCAACCGUUGCAAGAUCUCCCGUGUGCAGCCCGGACCCCAGUUGCCACCGCCGCCUUUUAGCGCACACAUACCAGCACGCGGACUCUGCCCAUGUGGGAAAAAAACGCUAAGCAGCAAAAGUGCGCUUAUCGUUGCCUAGUGCAUUUGAAAGAUUUUCCUUAGUAUGGUGACGGCGAGAUCGUUAGAUGUUUGCAGAUUCCGUAGAGAAAACUCACCUCUGAGGACUCGUGUGCAGACGGACACCGCCGCUGACAUCACACACACCGGAGGUUACUCCUGCCGGUACAAAGAUCUCCAUGACUUUGAAUUGCAGGACCCGACCAGAGUUAUUGAGUGGAUUGGUGAAAAAAGUAUCUGCGUCGCUGGGUAUGAUGACACCAAAACAAAUGAGGUUCUCCAGCUGCUCUUCCCACAAAAGCUAAACGUAAAAGAAAACCCGGGUCUGUGUCCAGAGAGAGAUUUAAAGGUGGAACAUGGCGGAUUUUCAGAGCAGCCCGUAUGCAGCCUCAGACAUGUCCCAGGUACCAGCCUCCUCCUCACCAGUGGUCCAGCUUCAGGUGUGGUGCAGGUCUGGCAGAUAGGAGCAGAAGACAAAGAUGUCAUUAAACACGCAGGUUCUAUACAGUCGGACGCCAGUACAGACACAUGGACAAAAAUUGCCACCUCGGCUGCAGCAUCACCAUGUGUAGUGCAUGGAUCUAAGACCAACAGUGUCCACGUCACAGAGAUCGAGUCCACUAAGCAGAUUUACACACUGGCGGAGUCCAGCAGCGAGGCCGUCAGCACCCUUUCCUUCCUGGAUCCCCACACCUUCCACCUGUGCUGUCUGAGCGGCCGGCAGAUCAUGGCUGAUGUCCGGCAGCCCGAGAUUUCCUGCGAGGGCCACGUGGCCCUAGCCACCCCCUCUAGUGCCCAUUGGUGUGCAGCGGUGAAGCCUGCCAAUCAGGACACUCAUGCCAUUAUUGCCAGCCUGUCCUCCGAGGGCCACAUCAUUCUCGCAGACACUCGGAACUUAGUGGCCCCUCUGAAAUGUGCCAGGGGAAACGCCUCGGACUCGGUUCUGUCCCAGAACUUCAUGUGUAUCCGCUGGGCCCCUAGACUGGAGGACUGCCUCUCCAUCUCAGGGUUUGGCAGCAGCGUCCGGAUCUACGACACACAAGACUGGGAUACGGCUGGGAAGGAGGCGGAGGCGCUCUUCACUCACCGAGGUCAUCACUUUAUGGGGGGGUGCGAUGACGGCAGUGCCCCCUGGGUGACCACUCACUCCUGGCACCCGUGGAAAGAGAGUACGCUGGUAUCUGCAGCCAAUGACGGCUCUUUACAUAUCUGGGACUGGGUGGACAGUGCUGCGGGGCGCUGAGAAUAUCCGCAAAUCCCCCAUUAUGCCGUCUGUAGUAUGAUUUUUAUAACAUUUUUGUACAUUACGUUACUUUCAAGAUUCUUAGUGUAAUGUAAUCAGUGUAUUGGCUGCUGGACCGUUAGCUGAGAUGCACCCAUGAGACAGAUCAUCAGGAUUAUUCUAUGCUUGCUGGGGCUUGUAGUCCUACAAGAGCUGGAAAGCUACUGGUCACCAAGCUGUGUACUAGCGUACAUUGCCAAAGUUGAUUCCUUAUACGUAUUUCCAGAUGAUUUAAUAUGCUGUAAUAUGAUAACAUACAGUUUACCUACCCGGCACCAGCAUAAAAACACUCCUGUGUCUUUAUAAUAGCAAAGUGCUAUUUAUUAUCUUUUAAGAACAAAAUACAUUUCUCUCCCAAAGGAGAGUUCUUCGUUAUAUACUGGUAAGAUGGGGCUGUGUCUGACUCCUCUCAUUUACAUAGAAGUAAAGGGAAGUACUCCAGUGCUUGGUGGUUAAGUGUUUACACAGUGUGCGACAGCAGCAGCGGACCAAAAAUAAGAGGCAUCUGUGGCCCAUCUAAAACAACAAUAGGCAGCGCUGUUAUGGUAAUAUAACUGAAACUAGUAUUGGAAAUCAAACAAUUUAAUAAAUCCAGUAAUUCCGAAUGAA